UCCAGUCAGCUGACAGCUGUCACAAUCAUAACCUCAAAAAAAUUUUUGAAAACAAUAACAAUGGCCAUUCCAAUAAAAGACAUAAAACUACCUGAAGACAGUCCAAAGGAGCUCCUCCUCGACAAGCACGUCGAGUUUAUCAAACGGUACGGCAAAUCGGACGACGACUACGAGUUUGGCAUGUCGGACUACCUCCGAAUGUCCGGAAUGUAUUGGGGCCUUACCGCACUAGAGCUCGUCGAUAAACUACACAUCUUGCCCGAGAACGACGUGAUAGACUUCAUUAAACGAUGUCAGGAUCCGGAGACGGGCGGCAUCAGCGCGUGCAUUGACCACGAUCCGCACCUGCUCUACACUCUGAGCGCCGUUCAAAUUUUGUGCAUGUACGAUCGGUUGGACGCGGUCGACGCUAGCGCCGUAGUGAAUUACGUGACCUCGCUGCAGCUGCCCGACGGUAGCUUCACCGGCGACAAGUGGGGCGAGGUCGAUACGCGUUUCUCGUUCUGCGCGGUCGCGACACUUGCGUUGUUAAACCGGCUCGAUGCGAUCGACGUCGAGAAGGCGGUAUCUUUUGUGGAGUCGUGUAAGAAUUUCGACGAGGGAUUCGGUUCGAGACCCUUCUCGGAAAGCCACGCCGGAAUGGUCUACUGCUGCCUCGGAUUUCUCUCAAUAACCGGUCGUUUGGAUAUCGUGGAUCGAGAUACGUUGGCGUGGUGGCUUUGCGAACGACAGCUACCUUCGGGCGGUCUCAACGGUCGGCCGGAGAAGCUGCCCGACGUCUGUUACAGCUGGUGGGUGCUGUCUUCGCUUACGAUGCUGGGUCGAUUGCAUUGGAUUAGCGCGCCCGCCCUCAAGCGUUUCAUUUUGGCGUGUCAGGAUGUCGAGACGGGAGGUUUCAGUGAUCGACCCGGCGAUGUCGCCGAUCCGUACCAUACCGUUUUUGGUUUCGCCGCCUUGUCACUUUUGGGAUUUGAUUCAAUUAAACCUGUUAAUCCUACGUUCUGUAUGCCACAGCAUGUGAUCGAUAAAUUAAAAAUUAAGCAUCAGCUGUUAUGAAAUUAGUCAUCUUGUAAUUUUAUUAAUAAAAACUGUUAAUUUAC